UUUGAAAAAGCGGCGCGGCUCGUUCAAGAUGGCGGAGCUCGACCAGUUGCCUGACGAGAGUGUGCAGCAUAAUGAUUUGAUGUGUGUGAAAUGAUUGCCUCACCUGGGUUAGUUAACACCCAUCACCACACAUGGUUACAAUUUUUUUUCCUAUGGCUCUUCAGCAAAAGCCCUUGUCAGUUUAAAAGAGGGAAGCUUAUCUAACACAUGGAAUGAAAAAUACAGCUCUUUACAAAAAACACCUGUUUGGAAAGGCAGGAAUACGGGCUCCGCUGUGGAGAUGCCUUUCAGAAAUUCAAAACGAAGUCGACUCUUUUCUGAUGAAGAUGACAGACAGAUAAAUACAAGGUCACCCAAAAGAAACCAGAGAGUUGCAAUGGUCCCACAGAAAUUUACGGCAACAAUGUCUACACCAGAUAAGAAAGCCUCACAGAAGAUUGGUUUUCGAUUACGUAACCUACUCAAGCUUCCCAAAGCACAUAAAUGGUGCAUAUACGAAUGGUUCUACUCAAAUAUAGAUAAACCACUUUUUGAAGGCGAUAAUGAUUUCUGUGUGUGUCUGAAGGAAUCCUUUCCUAAUUUAAAAACAAGAAAGUUAACAAGAGUAGAAUGGGGAAAAAUCAGGCGACUUAUGGGAAAACCACGGAGAUGUUCUUCUGCAUUUUUUGAGGAAGAGAGAUCAGCAUUAAAACAGAAACGACAGAAAAUAAGGCUCUUACAACAAAGGAAAGUUGCAGAUGUUUCCCAGUUCAAAGAUCUCCCAGAUGAAAUUCCUUUGCCUCUGGUUAUUGGAACCAAAGUUACAGCUCGAUUACGUGGUGUUCAUGAUGGUCUCUUCACUGGACAAAUAGAUGCUGUGGACACUUUUAAUGCUACUUAUAGAGUAACUUUUGAUAGGGCAGGGCUUGGAACCCAUACCAUCCCUGACUAUGAAGUUCUUAGUAAUGAGCCUCAUGAGACGAUGCCAAUUGCUGCCUUUGGACAAAAACAGCGGCCUUCUCGAUUCUUCCUGACUCCACCACGGCUACAUUAUACUCCCCCUCUCCAGUCACCCAUUACAGAUAAUGAUCCUUUACUAGGACAGUCACCUUGGAGAAGUAAAAUUUCUGGCUCUGACACUGAAACGUUAGGUGGUUUUCCAGUAGAAUUCCUUAUCCAAGUGACCAAAUUAUCAAAAAUUCUCAUGAUUAAAAAGGAACAUAUCAAAAAAUUAAGGGAAAUGAACACAGAAGCAGAAAAAUUGAAAUCCUAUUCCAUGCCCAUCGGCAUUGAAUUUCAGCGGAGAUAUGCAACAAUCGUUCUGGAGCUUGAGCAGCUCAACAAGGACCUCAACAAAGUUUUGCAUAAAGUUCAGCAGUACUGCUAUGAGCUCGCUCCAGACCAGGGCCUGCAGCCUGCGGACCAGCCCACGGAUAUGAGACGGAGGUGUGAGGAGGAAGCCCAGGAGAUUGUCCGGCACGCCAACUCCUCCACUGGACAGCCCUGUGUUGAGAACGAAAAUCUCACAGACUUAAUCUCCAGGCUCACCGCUAUUUUAUUACAAAUUAAGUGUCUGGCAGAAGGAGGAGACCUGAAUUCCUUUGAGUUCAAAUCACUUACAGAUUCAUUAAAUGAUAUCAAGAGUACAAUAGAUGCGUCUAAUAUCAGUUGCUUUCAGAAUAACGUAGAAAUCCACGUUGCACACAUUCAGAGUGGCCUGAGCCAGAUGGGAAACCUGCACGCCUUCGCAGCCAAUGACACCAACAGGGACUGAGGAGGAGCCCUCGCUGUUCGCGCUGCUCAGGACGCUGCGCUCCCUGCACCGAGGCUUCCAGCACCAGAUAACCCAAGCGCUGGAAAGCAAGGGAAAUGUAAAUCUCCAACUAGGGCGUUUUAAUAUACUGUACUGCUUCUUAAACCAGCAUUGCUGACCGGCAUUCUAUUUAUUUGUCUUUUUAUUAUUCAGCUGCAGUAGCAUCGCUUAUGUUACAUGUUUAUAAGCAAGUAUUUUUAAACUGAAACUGAACGUAAUAGGCUUUCAAGGAAGAGUAUGCUGACCCUUUUUUGAACGUGCAUGAAUCCAGGCCAGCACGCGCAGACAGC